AGAAAUGACAACAAAACUAGCACCCUGCAUUAAACUAAACAAUGGCCAGCAAAUGCCCGUGGUGGGCUUGGGCACCUGGCGUUCCUAUGAAAAUGAAGCUGAGCAAGCCGUCAAAGAUGCCAUUGAUAUUGGCUACCGGCACAUUGAUACCGCCUUUGUCUAUGAAAAUGAGCACGAAGUUGGACGAGCCAUCAAAGCAAAGAUAGCUGAAGGCAAAAUCCGCAGAGAAGACAUUUUUGUGGUCACCAAGUUGGGUGGCAUUCAUCAUGACCCGCAAAUUGUGGAGCACGCCUGUCGCAAAAGUUUGAGCAAUUUGGGAUUGGACUACAUUGAUUUGUAUCUGAUGCACUUCCCAGUGGGCCAGGUCUACAAGGGUGAUAAUAAUGUUCAUGGCAGUGGGGAAUUGAGUGAUACCGACUACGUUGACACCUGGAAGGCAAUGGAGAAACUAGUUGAUCUUGGUUUGGUCAAGGGUUUGGGCAUUUCCAAUUUCAAUGCCGAACAAACUGAAAGGAUUUUGCAGAAUUGCCGCAUUCGUCCAGUGGUAAAUCAAGUGGAAUGCCACCCAGCCUUUAAUCAAAAGAAGCUUAUUGAAUUCUCAAAGCAACGGGAUAUUGUGAUUACAGCCUAUGCUCCAUUGGCUAGGCCGAAGCCAGCACAAAAAUGGCCAGCAUUUCUUUAUGACGAAACAGCCCAGGACUUGGCGAAGCGGUAUAAUCGUACUCCGGCUCAAAUUUGCUUAAGGUAUUUAAUCCAACUGGGAACAAUUGUCAUUGCUGAGAACUUCGAUUGUUUCGAUUUUGAACUGACGCCUGAAGAUAUGCAAUUGAUGGAUCGUUAUAAUUCCAAUACACGGCUAAUACCCUUCACCGGAAUGAGUCAUCAUAAAUAUUUUCCAUUUAAUACGGAAUUUUAA